AGUCGCAGCGUUGGAGCGGUUCGCACAGUCUAGUCCGCGGCUUACAACUGCGUGCGCGCAUCGUUUGUGUAUUCUUAAUUUGAAUUUGGCAAGAAAAUGCCCAGCCCAGCGUACAGCGUCGAGCUGUACCUCGGGGACGUGUCGGCGGAGGUGCAGCAGUACGCGCGAGAGCACUGCGGGGAAGAUCCCGACACUCGGCUCAAGGCCAUCUCCGAGCUGCGAGACAUCGUCUACGAACGGGGUGAAUGUACGCCACACCGAAUGGACGAUGAGUUCCUGAUCAAAUUCCUUCGUGCCCGAAAAUUCAUACCUCAGCGCGCGCACAGACUGAUGGUAAAUUACUACGAGUUCCGGGAAGAGAACCCGCAGCUGUGUUCGGACGUGUUCCCAUUGGAUCUGCGCGCCGUGGGCGACAGCAGCGUUCUGGCCGUGCCGCCCUACCUCGCCCAGGACGGGCGCCGCGUCAUGAUCUACAGGAUCGGCUGCUGGGACCCGAACGCGAUCCCCACGGACGACCUAUUCAAGGCGACGCUCAUAGCCAUGGAGCUGGGCAUGAUGGAGCCCGCGAGUCAGAUCCUGGGCGCCCACGCCAUCUUCGACCUGGAGGAUAUCGGGCUUCACCACGCCUGGCAGGUCACGCCCGCCAUCGCCUCCAAGAUCGUCAAGCUAUUAGGGUCAUGUUUUCCUGCAAAUACACACGCCAUCCACGUUAUAAACCACACAUGGGUAUUUGACAAAAUAUACAAUAUCUUCAAGCCGUUCCUCAAUGCUGAAAUGCGGUCCAGGAUAUAUUUCCACGGAUACGACGUCAAAUCCCUGCACAAGCAUAUCCACCCUGACCAUUUGCCAGAGAGAUAUGGCGGCAUCUGGCCCGACUACUCUUACACGAUAUGGUUGGAGUCAUUGAAGAAAAACUACAAAGUAGUUAAAGACAUGAUCAGUUGCGGUUACAAGUUUCGCGAAGAAGAGUUAUGCCACGAAGUUGUUAGACAACUAAAAGAUGAAGGGGUAAAGUUGUCGUGAAAUUAGGCCGAAGAUAUAUAGCAGCGGUCGGCAACAUUUUAGCAGCCAAGGGCCACAUAGUAGUUGAGGAAGUUGACGCGGGCCGCACUUUAUUAAUAUGUGUGACUUU